UCGAUAAAAUGUCAAUUCCUUGAAACAACAAAUUCAUGCUAUUAAACAGGAAGACCUCCCUCAGGUCGCGUGUGCGCGUGAAAGACAAAAAUCGAGAUGAACGGUCUUUGAGACCGAGACGGGGCUAGCUAGCGCUGCGCACAUGAAGCAAGUGGAACAGUUCCUCCGCCUUUAGCCACAGUGAUGAGGGUACAUCUCCAAAUAUGCCAACUUCUGAUCUCUGCUCAAGUCUUGACGGUUUUCUCGUUCUCUACAUUCGCGCGCUCUGAACAACGUUCAAAAACGGGAAUUAUCACCGCGGGUGACAUCAUAAUUGGCGGCUUAAUACCCGUUCACUUCUCGCCCAACUUUUCGCCGCAUCCUGGAAAUUCGUCAUGCCAGGGUUCCUUCCAUUUGCGCGGGUUCAAAGGAGUAGAAGCUAUGCUAUACGCGAUAGACCUCAUAAACAAAAACCUUACGUUGCUGCCAAAUGUAACUCUGGGAGUUGAUGUAAAAGAUACAUGUGGAAGUGUGGAUUAUGCAAUUAUGGAAAGCUUGAGUUUCGACUUUAUCAGAAGCGCUUAUGUUGCUUCAGAGCUUCUUGAUUGCGCAGAGGAUUCAUCCAGCGAAAAGCACUCGGUACUCAAACCUAAAGCCAGUGAUAGACCUAUGUCAGGAAAGAAAGAUUCGAAGAGACACGAUGGUGAUAUGUCAGGUUGCUGUUCAAGUAAGUCUCGCACAGCAGCUAUCGUUGGAGCAGCUUUUAGUGGCGUAACCAUGGCAACAGCAAGCCUUACAGGCCUUUUCCACGUGCCUGUAAUUAGUUAUGCUUCAACGAGUCGUCUUCUCAGUGACAGGUCUCGGUUCCAGUACUUCUACCGAACGGUUCCGUCAGACAACCUCCAGGCUCAAGCAAUUACUUCCCUUCUUCAUGAAUUUAGCUGGCAUUUUGUCAUCGUUCUCGCGUCCGAUAACGAAUACGGGCGAUCAGGUGUCACAGCCUUGAAGCAGACGAUACAAAAUUACACGACUCGAGUUCAGAUCUGCGUAGUAGUCGAUGAACUUUUUUCAAGGAAAGGGAGUCAAUAUGAAAUGACUCGUAUCUUUAGAAAGAUCCAACAAUUUCCACGAGCAAAAGUUAUAAUUCUCUAUGCUGAAUUUCCAGAUGCAGUGUACUUUUUCAAAGAGGCAAAAAUGGCAUCGUUAAGGAACUAUGUGUUUAUUGCGACUGACAGCUGGGUUGGGUCUACAGAAGUGGUUCAAGGCUCCAGUGAUGUUUUCCAAGCGAUCAUCGGUUUGAGGCCUCCGAUCGUUUCCAUGCCAACAUUUGACGCCUACUUCUUGGAAACUCUCAAGGAAAACAACAGUAGAAAUCCAUGGGCUUCCGAAUGCAAUAAAAGUUUAAUUUGCAGUGAUAAAAGCGUUGAAAGGUGUCAGUCAGAAGUUCACCACGAUGGGUAUGUCGCUUACAUAUUGGACGCGGUAUUUUCAGUGGCGCAUGCGCUACACGCAAUGCUCAGCUGUGACAAAAAAGUGUGCGCUAAGAAAUGGAGGGAUGUGGACAUCCGGGAUCUUUCACAGUUCAUUCAAAAUGUAUCGUUUGUAGGAUAUUCUCAAGAAAAUAUCUUCUUUAACGAAGAGGGCACUACAAAGGGAAGAUACGAUGUUUAUUAUCUGGACAAAGAAAGCAGCAAGUACAUCAAAGUGGGUUCGUGGAGUCAGACUGCACUAAGCCUUAAUUUAUCGAGAAUUUCACAACAUGGACCUGAUUUUCCAUUUCCGGCUUCAAUCUGCAGUAACUAUUGCAGGAAAGGCGAAUACAAGAUUCCAAAAUCCCAGUUCCCGGAAUGCUGCUGGGAUUGUGCAAGGUGCGACGGGAAAUCAUUUACCAAUACGUCACACAUGACCAAAUGUUCCUAUUGCCCAGAAGGAACUUGGCCCACCGCUGACCACUCGGCGUGUCGUCUCAUCGAAGCGACCUACCUCCACUGGGGUGAGAGUUGGGCAGUUGUGAUCGUCUUCUUUUCAUCAUUUGGUUUGAUCAUUGUGAUACUGACUGGCGUUGUAUUCAUAAAAUUUCGCGCAACACCGGUGGUGCUAGCUGCUAGCAGACAACUAUGCUACUUCCUUCUAUUGGGAAUUGCAAUGUUCUACGUGACACCUCUUCUAUACAUCGCCAAGCCUUCAGCGGUCACCUGUAGAAUUCUUCCAGUUAUGUUUGGGCUCUGCUUUGUACUGGUGGUUGGCACAAUUCUCAUCAGAACAAAUCGAGUGUCCAGGAUUUUUAAUGAGAAGCUUCUUCGGACAGGGAAAAUCAGUUGCCUUGGCAACCACUGGCAGAUGUUUAUAUUAGGAUGUUUGUUGAUCACCGAGAUCGUACUCACCGUUGCUUGGGUAUUCGGUUCCUCGUCUCAAGUGUUCCCGCAAGUAAUCUAUUCCAAGGCUUCUAAAGAUGCCUCUCUUAUCUGCAGCUUGAGCGGAAGUCACAUUGGAUUUUCUUUGUGGCUUAUCUACAACGCAGGCUUGGUCGUCGUGUGCACAUAUCAAGCUUUUCUUGUAAGGAAAGUGCCACAUAAUUAUAACGAGUCUAGAUUAAUUGCGUUUAACAUGACCACACUAUGUAUUACUGUCCUUGUCUAUAUUCCGUCGUACAUGGGUACCUCAGGCUGGUAUCGGACAAUUAUCUCGUGUUUCAUGCUUAUGUUUCUUGGAACUCUCACGUGGGCGAGUAUAUUUGCACCGAAGAUUUAUAUAAUUCUGUUCCGACCGCACAAAAACAUUCCCAUGAGACCUUCCGUGAGCUCCAUCACGCUGGGAGUGAUCUCACCCUCGCCUACUGGGGUCAGCAGUAUUAGUGAACAGUACAUGUGCAGUAGGAAAAAUUCUCUGAAUCCCAACGAAGAUGGAACGUGGGGAGGCUCGUGGGCCAAGACUGAUUCGGCUCGUGAACUGAACGAAAAUGUAGCAAUCACUGAGGAAGAUGAUUCGCCGUGUGAACAAUUUGAUGAUUUUUCCGAGAAAGAGCUGAAAGAAAACCAGGAAACUGAUACCAGUAUAGCUGAUAAGUCACAACCACAACAAGAAAACUGUAAAAUGACACCCCAAAAGAAUACUUCGAUGGUGCAUUUCGAAGACGAAAUGCUAAAUGAAUGCGAUGAAGGCAGAGACACACAAGUGUUCCCUGAAAAAAAAACCAGUGGUAGCCAAGGAGGUAUCUUAAGAAGAACUUAUAACUCAGAGAUUCACGAAAAUUCCAUUAAUGGGAUCGUUCCAAGGAAGAAAAAAACAUCACUAGUUCGUUUUCAGGACGAAGUGUUAAGUUGUGAUAUUAAUAAUUUAACAGACUACCAUAGGAUUGCGCUUCCCGCCAAAGGAGAAGAACCCAUUCAAAUACCGAAAGGAAACCUUGAUGCGGAGACCAAUAACAAAGGAGAAGUGUAUUGUUCAUGUGCUUCAACUUCAGAUGAAAAAACAGAAACCAACCGUGUCACAGAAAAAGAGAGAAAGCGGAAAAUAUCUGUCUUCUCGUUCCAGUGACAAGAAAAAAAUAUCCGAUAAAUCUAACUCUUGACUAUAAAUAUAUUUAGGUCAUUAAAGUUGGUUGUCGUAUUUUUGCCUGGCGCACCUGACUCAAAAACAAUUGCGCUAAAAAUUAGAAGCAUGAUGUAAUUUAAUUGCGAUGCAUUUUCUCUAUCUGGGCAGUCUCCGGGUUGAGUUCUCGUAUGAGAGCAAUGAGCUUCGCAACUAAUGAAAAUUGUGCGUAAGUCCCAUGCCAGGUCGAGCAAAAAGGAUGCCCUUUUCACGCGGUCCUCCUAUUCUCGCCGUAAUUUAAAGGAGGAAAAACUCUUCAACUGUACAGCGUUAAGACAAAACAUUUCUCAUCGCCUUCUUAGAACUCGGUCAAAUUUCUCCAACAUAUCUCCAUAAAAUGUCCAACAACUUGUUUGUAAUAUUAGUUUCAAACAAAAAAACUGGUCACAUCUGAGACAAUUUUAUCCCAGUUACUUUUCAGUUGUCCUUCUGGUGUACCUUCUCCUCGAAAAACUGGUAUCACACCUUGCAAAGCUCUCGUUUUCUUAAU